CAUCACUCUUACAAACAUAACACAUUCAGAUACUCACUCACCUGUUUUUAGUAGUUUCUUCCCUAUUUUCUGUUCAUAACUCAGUUUGUAACUAUGACUGCUGAGGUUAUGGCUCAAGAGGAGACACAAGCAGCUGAGGUUGUUGUUGCUGUUGAGCCCCUGAAAGAGGAGAAGGUUGCUGAAGAAAAUGUGAAACCAAGAGAGUCAUCAGUGGAAGCAUCCAAACCCAAAAUGGUGGAGAAAAGCUCUUCUUACAAGGAAGAAAGCAACUACCUUUCUGAUCUCAAGGAGUUUGAAAGAAAGGCUUUGAGUGAACUCAAGUCAAAGCUUGAGGAAGCUAUCUUGGGGAACACCCUUUUUGAGCCAAAGAAGGAGGCUUUGCUAGAGAAUGAAGAGAAGAAAAAUGAAGGUGAAGAGAAGGAAGAAGAGGAGGAGAAAAAGGUUGACGUAGAGGAGAAUGAUGUGUCUCUUUGGGGGGUGCCUCUUUUGCCAAGCAAAGGUGCAGAAGGUGUUGAUGUGGUUCUGUUGAAGUUUUUGAGGGCUAGGGAAUUUAAAGUUAAUGAUGCAUUUGAGAUGCUGAAGAAGACCCUUAAGUGGAGGAAGGAAUCAAAGAUUGAUUCUGCUGUGGAUGAGGAUUUUGGCUCUGACUUGGCCUCUGCUGCUUACAUGAAUGGUGUUGACCACGAGGGGCACCCUGUGUGCUACAACAUCUUUGGUGCAUUUGAAAGUGAAGAGCUUUACCAGAAGACUUUUGGGACCGAGGAGAAGCGCAGUGAGUUCUUGAGGUGGAGGUGCCAGUUGAUGGAGAAGGGUAUUCAGAAGCUCAAUUUGAAGCCAGGUGGUGUGUCUUCAUUGCUUCAAAUCAAUGACCUUAAGAACUCCCCUGGUCCUUCAAAGCUUAGGGUUGCCACAAAACAAACUCUUGCAAUGUUGCAGGACAAUUAUCCAGAAAUGGUGGCAAAAAAUAUUUUCAUCAAUGUUCCUUUCUGGUAUUAUGCUCUCAAUGCCCUUUUAUCCCCCUUCUUAACCCAAAGAACAAAGAGCAAAUUUGUGGUUGCUCGUCCUAACAAGGUCACUGAAACAUUGACCAAGUACAUUCCAAUUGAGGAGAUCCCACUUCACUAUGGUGGUUUCAAGAGGGAAAAUGAUUCUGAGUUCUCUUCCCAAGAUGGUGCUGUUUCAGAACUCAUUCUCAAGGCUGGAUCAACUGCAACCAUUGAGGUUCCUGCAUUGGAGGUUGGAAACUCUUUGUGCUGGGAUUUGACUGUUCUCGGUUGGGAGGUGAGUUACAAGGAGGAGUUUGUUCCAACUGAUGAGGGCUCUUACACGGUUAUUGUUCAAAAAGGGAAGAAAAUGGGUUCACAAGAAUGGCCUCUUAGGAACACUUUUAUGAACAGUGAACCAGGGAAAGUUGUCCUCACAAUAGAGAACACUUCAAACAAGAAGAAGAGGGUACUGUACCGUUACAAGACCAUCAAGAGCUCCUUCUGAGAACACAAUUCAGAAGUUGCUUAUAGUUAAAUUGUGUUUUGCUAAAUUGUGAGAACACUUUUGUUAAAUUGGGUUUUGCUUAUAGUUUUGGAGGUGGGUGAGUAGUUGUGUGAAGACUGAAAAACAAGAGCUAUUCUUUCAUUGUUAUUGAUAUACCAUUUUUUUUUCCCGAAAUGAAAUUGAUUGAAAGUUCAUUCAUUUUUCCUGUGCCAAUAAUGUACCUAAAUCUACUUAAAUGAUUUCUUCUGGGUUUC